AUGAGAAUUGCCAGCAAAGUCAGAUCACCUCAUUUUUUCCAGAGAGGAAAUUCACGAAACGGAAUCGAUAUUACCAUGACCAAAGCUUUAGUUAUCUUGCUAUUUCUUGUAAUCGGUGUGCGUUUUCCUUUAUCAAACGCAAGGAACAUCACUUAUUCAGAAGACUUUGUUGAAGAAGAUGUGAUUAAAAUGUUUGAAAAUUCAGAUGCAUCUGAAGUCAUUUCAGAAUUAGAAGAAGAUAAUAUUCUGGACACAGCUGAAGAUGAUGAAAUGGAUAAUGACGAUGAUAAUACUCAAGGCAAUGAAGAGGAGUCUGAUAAUGAUGACGGCGAUAACUCCGAAGAUGCUGAAGAAGAUAAUUCAGAGUCAUCACCUAAUAAAGGUGAUUUGGACGAAAAAUCAAGCACUCAAGAACUUUUUGCUCGCGGUGGUCCACCACACCGUCCACCUCAUCGUCCACCUCAUCGUCCACCCUAUCGCCCACCACGUCCUCCACAUCACAGGCCAUGGCACCAUCCUUGCUGCAAGCAAAGACACGCUUUACGUUGCAAGAUUCGUAAAUUACGUAAACAAACACGUCAUUUGCGAAAGCUAAUUGCUAGAUUAGAUCGUAAAAUCAUAUGGAUUAUCAAAGAAUGUGCAAGACGAUUUAGACCUAAUAAGCGCAAAAUUUCAUUCUGCAUCCGUUAUCGCCUUAAAAAGCACUUUCAUUCCUCUUGCCACUGCCAUUGCGGAAAAUAUUAA